GUUUAUAAAAGCCUACAUUACAAAGACCGAACAUCCGCUCCAGUCGGAUUCAUUCCCGCUAAUACCACGGUGAGGAGCACAACUAUGAUUUUUCAGACUUUCUUCCGCUGGACCCUUUGUGUUGCACUAAUUUUGGCUUCAAAAAGCUUUGGCGAAAGAAGCUAUCUUGGGGUGAGUAAAGGGUUGUGACUAUCUUUAAAAAAAUUCUCAUAUAAGGAAUUUUUUUUUUCUCCCAUGUUAAAAAACAGAAAUCGCUUUGUAACAAUUGCUUUUUUGCUUCGUUAUUUCAUGAAUCGAUUCACGUGGUGUAUUCGUUUGGGAACAAAUUUAGUCUAUGAAAGGAAAAAAAUUGGGCGAGAGAAAAAAUUUAUCUUUUUUGCGGGUGAAUUUGAAAGAGAAAGAUUGCCCGCUCCUCCAACUUUAUCAGGAAACCUGUUGCGCACCGUUGUUUUAUUGCAUAGUUUUGUGCAUCUAUUUUACCAUAGUCCAUAUUUCUUUGUUGUCUCACGCCUUUCAAUGAUCUAAGAAGCCCAGGAGAAAAAUUCAUAGCAGCUAUGGCGAAUCCAAUUUUUAAAAUUUCUUUUGUUAGAUUUUGUCGUGGAAAGAACAAAGGAUUCUUCCCUUUUGAAUGGCUUCCCUGCUUUUUUGUUGGCUUCCUUAGUCUUUUGUUGGUUUUUCCAGCAAAGUGUUGAAGUUAAUUUAUUGCUUAUCAUAAGCAGAGAUAAAACUUCGGAAACCGAUUAGGAAACAGGGGCGUUCUAAACAAAUGUCUCUAUUAGCCGCCUCAAAUGUCAAAUUAAUUUCCUAAGCCUAAGUACCUCCGGUUUAAAUUUCCGAACAUUAAAAAAUUAAGUUGAAAAUAGGGGACAAUGCGUGUUUUACAGAGCUAAAUAUAACUUCACCGCGACUCUAGUUAAAAAAAACAAAAAAAAACAAAAAAAACCAAAAAAAAACCAUUGCACGUUACUAGUAAGCUGAAAGGUUUCCUAGCAACGCUAAAAGCUGCGUUCGAUCGAUUAAACAUUUGCAUUUAAUUCAAUUACGCGUUUUAGACAGCGCUGGAAAAGGAAAUGAAUAAACAUGGUGGUUCAGCUUCCUUUAAUUCACUUUUCAUUAUAUACCGGCGUGGGGAAGGGGGUGGGGGCGGGGAGUCGGAGGAUUUUGCCUAUGUCACAGUAAAAUUUACCAGACCCCCCUCCUCUUAGGCUUCGCGGUAAUCUAAUGAUCCCUACUCAUUGACUGUCAACUUUCGGUGGUCCUCCCUUUAUGCUCUGUUAGCGACGACUAAUCCCCCUCCAUUCCCGCUGAAAACCAUGUGAUCCCGCCAAAAUCUUUCCUCACUCCCCCAACUUCUGGCGUAUGAUGUAUUUUUUUUCAACUGGUCUCUAAGCUUCGCUCGCUCAAAAGUUUAAAGGGAAGCUGUAGUAAUCAAAGCUUUCUUCGGCUGAUUAUAAAGGCGUAACUUCGAUUCCUUGAGAUAAGUCUUCUCCCUGCACAAAAUUGGAUAAAUUAUCUGAAACAUUUCUUACCGGGGCGCUAUUUAAAGUUGAAAAUUUGAACACACUGGCUUAGCGUUUCAGUGCGACGGAAAAGACAUUACAUUUCAAAGAAGAUUAUUUAUUCAAAUUUCUUUCCUCUUUUUUUCCCCCCUCAGGAUGAAGAAAUUGAUGUACUGGAACCUAACGAUAUGGCAAAGAGAGAGAGGUCUGGGUUCAAGACAUUCAGACAAACUAAGAGAGGUGAAAAUUCUUGUUCAGCAUGUUCUAGUCAUGAAAAUAGUAAUCCUGUUGAACAAAAUAUAUGUCAGAGAAAGAUGUUUUUCGUCUUCCUAUGAGUGUGAAAGAAAGAAAAAAUUCUAAGUUCCCAUAAGGAAUCGAUCUUCAGACCUCGUGCUCUGAUGCUCUACCACUGAGCCACAGAAACUCUACGGUGAGCUAAGCCCAUUACGAAGUUCAUACAUGAUACGCGUCCAACAUACUGCUAGGGUCAGCAGAGCUCAAAACGUACUUUUUUCCCCAUUCUAUGUACAAAAGAUAUGCUGUGGGAACCCUGGAUCAGCGGUAAUUCGUCGUGGUGCAAAGGUGGUUCCCAUUGCAUCAAUUUUCUGCCUCAGAAAAAUACAGAUACCGAAUAUUUGAUACUUUCCUUUGGUUUCCCAGACAAAUAUUUAUCAUUUUCUUCCUUUUGAUUUGACGUUUUUUCCUAGAUAAGGAGAUCCUGCCCGAGAUUCGUUGCGGGCUUUACCCAAAAAUUGUACCGGUUCAAAAUGGAGAUGGAAACGUCCGAAAUGAUCCCCAGUUUGUAAUGGUCAAUCGCUGCCAAGGCGCGUGUGAUCAUGGUCUGGCCUGGCAGAACUGCACAGCGACCAAAUGGCGUUCAAUUGACGUCUUCGUGAUGAAUCCUCAAGCGAGAAACCCCACCCGCCCCGUGAUAGAGCACGAGGCGUGCGAAUGUCAAUGUCACGUGCGAUGUAAUGAUCAAAUUCACGAGCGUGACGUCAAUAAUUGCCGGUGUAACUGCAAAACAAGGUGUAACGUUGACGAAAAUCAGAUCCCAGACACAUGUAAAUGUGUUCCAAGAGCUGGGAAAAGAAAUGUGCUGUAUUAAACUCGUUGAAAACGCAAUUUUAGGUGUGAUAUAGAACUCGAGUAAAACUUUUGGAAUUUACUAUUAACGUUGAAAGAAACUUUUUUUUUUCUUUUUCACUUUUAUAGUUAGGUAAUUAUAGGAAAAAGUUGAAGUGAAUGUUAAAUAAAGCACAAAAAUGCAUGAUG